AUGCAAUGGCGCCCUCUCAUUCUACUCUUUUGCGGCAUUGCUGUGAUUUACCUCGCUAGUCUACUGCAAGAGACUCCUUAUCCUCAUCCUCUAAAAGUAUACACGUCCGAUACCACACGAUGGCGACAUGCACCCGAUGAAACUAUAUUGACAACAGCCGGCGAUUACCUUUACCUCACCGCCAUUCGUUACAACGUCGAACCUGCUGGUUUCAAGGGUUUACGUCAUGGCACAGGAGACCUUAAGACUGGUGUUGUAGGCCAUCUUGCUCAGAUUCGUCGGCCUAUCAGUGAUUUGGUAAAAGAUUAUGCCAAUGGAUCCACUGAGGAACAUGGAUGGACACAAACCUUUCAGCAUGAUUUGCCUGGUGCAAUUUCUAAAGUAUCUCACGCUAUCACUACUCAAGAUGGAUCAAACCUGCUUCAAUUUGGUGUCAUGUAUCAUGUUGUCGAGAAUGAAACGACACGUCAUUACGUCCGAAUCUAUUACUUGCGUGAUGGCGACGAUGGCGUCUCUCCGCUGUUCGAGUACAAAGAUGUACGUAUGCCAGGUACUACGUGGAUCAAUGCAUUUAGUUUGGAAGAAAAUGGGAUCCUCUUUGCUCGAGAUCCGGAUCAUUAUGGAUUUCGUAUGGCACAUUUACCGCAUGAUUUGACCAAGGGUCCACAUUCAGAAGACGCUGAGGAGAUUGUGAUUCAUGAGAGUGUACCGGGUGUCUCUAUUACAGAAUACAAUCAGCCACGCCAUGUAGAGCAUCAUCACCGUGGUUUGUGCCGGGUAUUAUCACCCGUUGGCGACACAUAUCGGGUGAUCUCGUUGGAUAUCUACAAGACCGAGAAUGCUUACCAUUACAACAUGACGCUUGCGGAUAACUCUACCAAGGAUGACGGCUGGCAUAUCAUUGAUCACAAGCAUCAAGCGAGCCAGGUUUACAGCGAGGAUCAAAUCGAUUAUAUCGGGUUUGCCGACGUAUCCCAAUUCCAACAACAACAGCAACAACAACGUUGGCAUGUGCCACAACCUCUCUUUUCACGAUCCAACAAUGGGCGCUCGAUCGUAUUCCCAUAUGUGCAGACCAUGGCAGUUACUUUGGACUAUGUGGACCAUCGCAUGAAUGAAAAGACGAAUGAGUUUUCUGAAUACUACAGCUGGUUGAAUAACGAUAUACCUGCACCUUACGAUGCCAGUAUCAUGGGUAUGUCCAUCAAUCAAGAGGGCAAUUUGCUUGCAGUAUGGAGCGACUACAAUACCAUUUAUAUUUACAAGCGUGGAUCGGCUAAUAACACGCCCAGUAUACCUCGGCGAUCACCUUCAUUAUUGGAUCGCAUUGAUCAGUGGCUAGCUAUUGCCGACAUGGAUGAUGAUACAGAAGAGGAAUCUCAUGAUACAAAGCAAACUCAGCAAGGACAUCAAGUUGCACCUCCACCGGAAUGGAAGUUACGUAUGGCUAUCACUCGCACAGAAGGGCAUUUAGGGCUUAACCCUGUCAGUGCUAUCAAAUUCUGGAACUCAACAACCAAAGAUGGACAAAGGAAUUAUAUAUUUGUUGCUUUGGCAGGAGGUGGUGUUAAUUCGUACAUGAUCGAUCAAGCUGAGGAUUUCGAGGAUGCCAAUUUCUGGACGUAUUUGAAGCGAAACUGGAACAUGGUAACAGCCAUGACCAUGAUUAUUGCCGGCUUCGUAUAUAAUGAAUAUCGCAACCACUCUUUGUAA